GUGACAGGGAUACAACAUGGCCGCCGGAUCCUAACGCUCUCCGUUUAGGGACCACCACGGAGGUCCUAGUUCGGGACCCUGCCUCUAAGGAGUGGAAGCCAGGGCCUACACUUUCUAUCCCUUUCUUCUCCGUCCAGUAUCGGCAAGGGGUUGUCGCCGGCUUCCGCAUCCAGGAUGAAGAACUAUAAAGCAAUUGGCAAAAUAGGAGAGGGAACGUUUUCUGAAGUUAUGAAGAUGCAGAACCUGAGAGAUGGAAACUACUAUGCAUGUAAACAGAUGAAACAGCACUUUGAAAGUAUUGAGCAAGUGAACAACCUGCGAGAGAUACAAGCACUGAGACGCCUGAACCCACACCCGAACAUUCUCACGUUGCACGAAGUGGUUUUUGACAGAAAAUCUGGUUCUCUUGCACUAAUAUGUGAACUUAUGGAGAUGAAUAUUUAUGAGCUAAUACGAGGAAGAAGACACCCGUUAUCGGAGAAGAAAAUCACUCACUACAUGUACCAGCUGUGUAAGUCUCUGGACCACAUGCACAGAAAUGGAAUAUUUCACAGAGAUGUAAAACCAGAAAAUAUAUUAGUAAAGCAGGAUGUCCUGAAGCUCGGGGACUUCGGCUCGUGCCGGAGCGUCUACUCCAGGCAGCCGUACACUGAGUACAUCUCCACCCGCUGGUACCGGGCCCCUGAGUGCCUCCUCACCGACGGCUUCUACGGCUUCAAGAUGGACCUGUGGAGCGCGGGCUGCGUGCUCUAUGAGAUGGCCAGCCUGCAGCCGCUCUUCCCUGGCGCCAACGAGCUGGACCAGAUCUCCAGGAUCCACGACGUCAUGGGCACGCCUGCUGAGAAGACCCUCACCAAGUUCAAGCAGUCGAGAGCUAUGAGUUUUGAUUUUCCUUUUAAAAAGGGAUCAGGGAUACCUCUACUGACCACCAGUCUGUCCCCUCAAUGCCUCUCCCUCCUGCACGCCAUGGUGGCCUAUGAUCCCGACGAGAGAAUCACUGCCCACCAGGCCCUGCAGCACCCUUACUUCCAGGGGCAGAGGGCGGCUGAGAAGCAGGCGCUGGCCAGGGCCAGGCGGAAGGCCCCCGCUCCCUUCCCCGAGCGCCCCACGGCCCCGGAGCUCAACAGCACCUGGCAGACGGCGCAGGAGGGCCGGAAGCAGAAACAGCCCUCAAGGCCAGAGGAGAACCACCCCCGGAGGCAGGGGCCCGCCUACCUGAUGGAGCUGCCCAGGGUGAAGCUGUCGGGAGCGGCCACGCUGGCCUCCUACUCCAGCCCGGCCCUGCAGUCAGUGUUCGCCCCGAAGGUGCCGCUGCUGAGACCCCUGAAGUGCGCCGGUGCGGCCCAGAAGACAGACACGCAGAAGGACAUCAAGCCCAGCCUGAAACAGUACCGCCUGCCCACGAUAGAGCGCAGAGGUGGGGGCUACUGAGUGCCGCGGCCCCCUGCUCGGGCUGGCUCCCCGCCGCCGUGCCAGCGAGCGGGCCGGGGGCUCCCGGGGGCCAGGCGUCCUGUCCCGGGAGACCUGCCCCCAGACCCGCGCCACCGUCUCGGCCUGGAGCCGCUGGCCAAGACAGCCGUGUCCAGAGGGCGGCUUCACUGUGUGUUCAAGUCUAAUACAUCUGUAAAACCACCUCCUUCUAGGGUUUUAUUUCAUUUCAUAAUGUAAGGGUUUGGGGCAGGGAUAUUUUGUAAUUUUUAUAUGAAUCAGAAGAGAGAGAUUAUACUGUUACUAUGUGUUAGGCUGGUUCACCGCGGGCUCCGCACGCCUGUAGUCCGUCAGCGCUAGUGUUUAGCACAUUUCAGCUUCCAGAUUGUACCUCCGGAGACCCCUGAUUUUAUUAAAGAGUAAGCUGUC